AUGGCUCCUCUAAGCCUUUCACGGUUCUUCUUCAUCAUCUUCAUCUGUACAGCUUCAAUAUCAGUCUCUUUUGGCGCCGCAGCCCACGAACACUGUUUUUCAUUCUACAUCAACAGAGCGUUGGUCGUAGAUCUCUACUGGGUUUCAAAGAAACUCCUCGAGGAAGCAAUGUCACUUUCGAGUGCUCUCCUUCCGAUCCUUGUUUUUCGUGCAUCUACUCUGAAAAGCGAGAAAUAUCGUUGCAGUGAAACCGGCUAUCGCAUUCCUUUCAAAUGUAUAGAGAUCACGAAAGAAACUUACUGGACGAUUCACCACCAUCGAAAUGGAGAUCUCAAACUGAUAUCACUUACAGAAGUUGUGUCCCGAGGGCAGAUGUGGAGGAAUUAUCAGUCAUUGGUUUUUGAGGGAAUUAUGGUGGGAAUGUUGCUUAUCAGUGGAACAGCAAUUUACAUAAGAAAGAGACGGACAGUUGCAAUGUCUGGUGUAUCCAUGGCGAGAUCACAAAGCAACUCUCGGUUUUAAUACCACAACACUUUCUGGUAUGCAAGUAAAGCUUGAGUUUUGUAAUACAACUUUAGGAAUGUUUUGAUAUUUUCUUCAAUGACAGUGUUUCACUUUCACAUAUGGACAACCUCUUCUAGGGUUUUUCCUCUUUGA